AUGCAUGUUUCUGAGGACACUGUAAUGCUACUCCUAGAUCAUGGUGACAUGACAUCGAAAAAAUUCCGGCAUGAUAAGCGUGUUUAUCUUGGUGCUUUAAAAUUUGUCCCUCAUGCAGUCUAUAAACUUCUGGAGAAUAUGCCUAUGCCCUGGGAACAGGUUCGAAAUGUGAAAAUACUUUAUCAUAUCACUGGUGCUAUCACAUUUGUCAAUGAGAUACCAUGGGUUGUUGAACCGAUCUAUUUAGCACAGUGGGGCUCAAUGUGGAUCAUGAUGCGAAGAGAAAAAAGAGACCGAAGGCAUUUCAAAAGAAUGAGAUUUCCUCCAUUUGAUGAUGAAGAGCCUCCAUUAGAUUAUGCUGAUAACCUGUUGGAUGUUGAUCCACUGGAGGCUAUCCAACUGGAAUUAGAUGAAGAAGAGGAUUCUGCUGUAUAUACUUGGUUCUAUGACCACAAACCUCUUGUAAAAACUAAGCUUAUUAAUGGUCCUAGUUACAGGAGAUGGCAUCUCUCUCUUCCAAUAAUGGCGACUCUUCAUAGAUUAGCAGGGCAAUUGCUUUCUGAUUUAAUUGAUCGGAACUAUUUCUACUUGUUUGACAUGGAAUCAUUCUUCACAGCGAAAGCAUUGAAUAUGUGCAUACCUG